CUCUGAUUUCCUCAUCUACUCUCCUCUCCAAGCUCAUUCCUCUUGUCACCUGCAGUGGGAGGAGCAGCUGGGGAUAGCUGAGCUCUGAUUGGCCGAGCAGGGAGGAGGCUUCUGUGACAUCGUGAUGCUGUGCAGAUGCUCAGCAGCAGUGGUAGUCGAGAAAGACAGGCUGGCGGUAUCCUCUCUCUCUCUCCCUAUUUCUCUCCCUCCCCCCUCUUUUUCAUCUUUCCUUUCCCUUCACGCACAAGCACGCAUACACACACGCGCACUCCGUCACACUGCAGCAGAAGGGAGAGGACACACCGUGAAGCUGUGAGGUAGGACCAGGCCUAUCCUCUUCCUACUCAUCCCUCCUGUGAAAGACAACCUGUCUCUCUCUCCUCCGCUAUCCUCUUCUCUCCUUCGAGGACCACCGCACACAGGGAGCGCCUGGAAAAGGACUUACCGCAGCACGACGGAUCUACGGAUCACACACCUACAUCCUCUUUUUUUUUUUCUUUUUUUUUUCCUCUGCGUUUCUUGUUGCCAGGCAGUGUUGGCUGAGCGUCAGGACGUUCGCUCAAGCAUGUGUGCGUAUGACAAGGUGCUUUUCUCCAGCUGACUGAACGUUUUUUCCUCCCUUUUCCCUGUCUGUACGUGGCAUCCUUCGCACCUUCAUCGUUUGCCGCUCAGCUUCCUCCUCACAAAGGCGGACCGUAUCCCAGGAUGCCGUGCGGCAGGCCACUCUGCUAGGCCGCAGCAGCAUGGGCAAAGCACCGGGGGGGUGGGACAGCACGGAUUGGACGGCUCUGCUCCGGACGGGCGCGCUUACGCACUCAGCCGCUUCCGAUGGGUGAGGACGGUGAGAGCCCCAAAAUCAAUCACAGCUUCCUCCGAGACUAUGUCACAGAAGCUGAUGUCAUAUCUACUGUGGAGUUUAACCAGACGGGGGAUCUGCUGGCCACAGGGGAUAAGGGGGGAAGAGUGGUCAUCUUCCAGAGAGAGACAGAGUCUAAAGGUGAAUCUGAAGAGCUGGGAGAAUCGGGUGAGUAUAAUGUCUACAGUACGUUCCAGAGUCACGAACCGGACUUUGACUACCUGAAGAGUUUGGAAAUUGAGGAGAAGAUCAAUAAGAUCCGCUGGCUGCCACAGCAAAAUGCUGCCCACUUUCUCCUCUCUACCAACGAUAAAACGAUAAAGCUAUGGAAGGUGAGCGAGAGAGACAAGCGGCCAGAGGGCUACAAUCUGAAGGACGAAGAAGGGCGAAUAAAGGAUAUCUCCACAGUGACCUCAUUACGGGUGCCGGUACUGAAGCCCACUGACCUGAUGGUUGAAGUGCGGCCAAGGAGAAUCUUUGCUAAUGGCCACACCUACCACGUCAACUCCAUCUCGGUCAAUAGCGAUGGCGAGACAUAUCUGUCUGCUGAUGAUCUCAGGAUCAACAUGUGGCAUCUGGACAUCACAGACCGAAGCUUCAACAUUGUGGACAUUAAGCCUGCCAAUAUGGAGGACCUGACGGAGGUGAUAACAGCUGCAGAGUUCCACCCACAUCACUGCCACCUGUUUGUAUACAGCAGCAGUAAAGGCACACUGCGCCUCUGUGACAUGAGAGAGUCGGCCCUCUGUGACAAGCACUCCAAAAUCUUUGAGGAGCCAGAAGAUCCAGGCAAUCGAUCUUUCUUCUCUGAGAUCAUCUCUUCAGUUUCUGAUGUCAAGUUCAGCCAUAGUGGACGUUAUCUGCUCACCAGAGACUACUUGACUGUCAAAGUAUGGGACCUCAACAUGGAGAAGGGCCCAGUGGAGACCUACCAAGUUCAUGAGUACCUAAGAAGUAAACUCUGCUCUUUGUAUGAAAAUGACUGCAUCUUUGACAAGUUUGAGUGCGUCUGGAACAGCACAGACAGUGUAAUCAUGACAGGAGCGUAUAACAGUUUUUUCCGGAUGUUUGAUCGCGAGACCGGUCGCGGUGUAACCCUUGAGGCAUGGCGUGAGAGCAGUAAACCGCGGGCCGUGCUGCGGACUCGCCGCGUUUACACCGGGGGCCGCCGUCGAAGGGGCGACGUGGGCGUGGACAGUCUGGACUUCACAAAAAAGAUUCUGCACAUGGCUUGGCACCCAGCUGAAAACAUCAUCGCCAUAGCAGCCACUAACAACCUCUAUAUCUUUCAGGACAGGGUCAACCCAGAAAACCAGUGACAAGAGAUGUUUAGGGGGUUGCAGUAAUGCUCUUCACAGGGCCACACGCAUUCAAAUCAUGCGCACAUAUCAAAUUCAUCCUUUAAAACACACACAUUAUUGGUCCUGUGGAGAUGGACAUAAUUGCCAGACCCUGAAAGUACACAGAUGGACUUUGCAGUUAAGCCGUUCCAGGAGAGCAGUUAUGUAUAGCCGAUGACUUUAUCUGAUAACUAUUUGGUUAAUUACACCGCCAGGAAUGUUGCCAAUGAGCUACGACACGUGGAAUUUUACGAUUGGCAUCACGGUCAGCCAAUCCUGAAAUCCUUUGAUAUGUGAUGGAUGGUGUUGACAGCCAAUCCCUGACUGCGCUGAUCGUGAUUGACGGCUGAUUUGGAUAAGGGGUGGUGCCUUUGGGCUGAAGACUAGGAAUGAGACCGCUCCACUCCUCUGUGCCAGGUUGCCAUGGACACCAGUUGUCAUGGUAACAAGAGUGCUCUGAGCAGUCUUCCUAUCACGUGCUUCCCAAAAAAACCUAUCCCACAAUGCAUCUGCUAUAAGAGCCCUCAUUUUACUUCGCAUCGAAUUGACCAUUUGUGGAAACAUGGAUGCCUAUGACCGAAUCACUAUAUCUCACACCUGGAGGAGGUUUAAAUUCUAAUACUUGUCUCAAACGGAAGGAUUGCUUCACUACUUCAUCAGAACACUGUCUUAACCGGUUUACACCUCAUAAUGGGUUACAUUUACACCUGUAUGGUAAGAAAGUGAAAGGUAUUGGUCAAUCUCAAAAAAAUACUCAAUCUCCUCACACUGUUAGCACGCUUUCAGAAAGGCCUCCUGCAGCGCUGUGCACGGUAACUUACACGUGUUAGGGUCAAACUCCAGCUCUGGUCUCUCACAGUAAAGCACUGCCUUUGUAUUUAUGAUUGUAGCUACUUUAUGGAUCCCUCAAAAAGGAAAUUGAAACAAUCAUGUGGGAAAAAUAAAUGACAAAUUUAGUGACACAGGCUAUAAAACAAUGCAGACAUAUACCGUUCAGAAGUUUUAGAUCAGUAAGAUUUUUUUUAAUGUUUUUAAAAGUAGUCUCUUCACCAAGGCUGGAUUUAUUUGAUCCAAAAUACAGCAAAAACAGUAACAUUGUGAAAUAUCUUUACAAAUUCAAAUA